CUCUGAUCUACGCAAAAGGACACUUCACGCACCGCUCUCCGCAACCAAGCGGCCUCGCCGGUCGCAGACCACACUGUGUCAGUCGCGCCUACCUCGACUCCCACGUCACCACCUUUCGUCCCGAACCGUGCCCUGGGGAAAUCUGUCAGGAUGGCAUCUCGUCCGUCGCCCGACGUCAUCUACGCCGAGCUGAGUGCCGAGGACAACAGCACCGAGAUCGAAAGCCUCGUGAGCUGACAGAUCUCUCUCUCUGGCUCUGGGUGGAUGCUCUCGUGUCCACCUGUGGCGUGUGCAUGUCUUGUCUGCGUGUCUGUCUGUGUGUCUGUCUGUGUGUGUGGGUGUCCGAAUGGCUCACUCAGUGCACGCAAUGCUGGGAGAACGGCAAGACCAGAAUCAUGCUCACCAAGAUCCCCUACUUCAAAGGUCACAGACAGACAGACAGACAGACACACACAGAGAGAGAGAGAGAGAGAGAACGCCCUUAUCCAUCCAUCCAUCCCCUGUGUGUCUGUCUGGUUAACUGACGCUUGAUGCAUGUAGAGGUGAUAUUGAUGUCGUUCUCAUGUCCUCACUGUGGCUUCAACAACAACGAGAUUCAGCCGGGAGCGCCCCUGCAGGUGAGGGAAAGUAGAUGAGUAAACUGGCACAUAACACAUGUGUGUCGUGUCCACCUGUGUGUGCAGGACAAGGGCUGCAGGAUCGAGCUCAAAGUGGAGAGAGCGGAGGUAGGUACCUGUCUGUCUGUCCAGAUCUAUGUUGUGUGUACGUCACGUGUGUGGACGUGUGUGUGGCUGUGGCUGUGGUUGUCCUUGUGGCGGGUCGUGGCUGCAGGAUCUGAACCGGCAGAUCAUCAAAUCGGAGCACGCCACCUUCAAAAUCCGUAUGUGUGUAUGUGUGUGUCACACACGCACCCCCAUUUGACAGAGAGGGGAGUGCUGCUGCCGCGCUGCUGUGCUGCUGUGCUGCAGUUGAGAAUGAGUUUGAGAUCCCGCCCACCACACAGAGAGGCAUCUCGUCGACCACCGAAGGCAUGAUCGCACAGGUCAAGUACACAACACAACAGCACACCACGCCAUACGCACAACAAACUGAUGCCUGCGUGUGAGUGAUUGUCUGUCUGUCUGUCUGUCUGCAGGCCGCCGCCAAUCUGGAGAAGGAUCAGCCUGUCAGACAGCACAUCGACCUCGACACGACGGGCAAGAUCCAGGGCGUCAUCGACACACUCAAAGCCAUGGCCGCAGGCCAACAGGUGCGCCACACACACACAGCGAUACAUAGAUGUGCGCGUGCUGUGUCGGCGUGUCCACCCAUCCAUCCAUCCAUCCAUCCGUCAGCUGCCCUUCACUGUCGUGCUUGACGAUCCGGCCGGCAACUCGUUCAUCGAAUGUAUGUCAGCAUACACACGUGAAGCCGACACACGAUUGUGCUGUGCACAGGGAGCGCUUCCCUCUCUCUCUCUCUUUUUCUGUGUGUGUGUGUGUGUGUAUGCAGCCAUCGGCACGUCCGACACACGACUGUCCAAGACGCUCUACGAACGCACCAGAGAGCAGCUGCAGGCAAACACACACAUGGAUGGAUGGAUGGAUGGACCACACACGUGUGGCGUGUGUGUGCGUGUGUGUGUGUCUGUGUGUGUCUGUCUGCCCUGGCAGGAAAUGGGCUACAACGUGCCACAAGCCAACGACACACACACGGCUGCCACGGCGGCCCCGCCCCCUCCCAAACACGGUGCUGAUCUGCCCGAUCAUCUUCGCGCGGCCAACUGGGACUUCUCCAAGAGCAUUGAGGACAACAUCGAUAAGAGGGUAUGUGCUGCUGUGUUGUCUUGUGUAGAGCAGAGCAGAGCAGCCGCACUACAGACAUUACAGGGGCACACACUUCACACACACUUGUAUGGCUACGUGUCACAUGUGUGUGUUGGAUGGAUGGAUGGAUGGAUCAACAGAGGGAGGAGGAAGAGUCCGGCAACAUCGGUAAACACACACACACACACACACAGAGAGAGAGAGAGAGAGAAAGAAAGAGAAUGCCCAUCCCCCCACCCCACAGAACAGACGCACAAAUGGUCCAUCUCUGUCCGGUUGUCAGGUCGUGAUGAGGCCUUGUUCUUUGAGGUGGACUGCCACCACUGUGGCACAAAGGGGCGGCAGGACAUGUGCGCCAUCGGUAUGUCGGUACCCUACCCCUUUGCCGCCACACAGAACACCACACCCAGCACACCAUCCUCCCACUCAACAGUCAGGGAACUCAUACGGGAUGGGUGUUCGCAGAUAUCCCCGGUUUCCGCGAGUGUCUCGUCAUGGCCUUCAACUGCCCCCACUGCGGCGUGCGCAACAACGAGGUGGGUGAGAGAGAUAGAUGCCCGACAGACAAACACACACAAACACACAAACACACACAAAUGAUGCCAUAUGGUUGUGUUGGUGUAGGUCAAGGCCGCCGGUGCGAUCGGCGAUAAGGCCAGGCGGUGGACUCUGCGCGUCACCGAUCCAGAGGACCUCAACAGAGAUGUCCUCAAAGUACCAGCCACCACCACACCACGCUAGCCACCACACACACAUUCUCCGCUCUGAUUGUAUUGUGCGUGUGUCUGUGCGUGUGUGCCGUUUCGUUCGUAACGACAGUCUGACAGCGCGGCUGUGCGGAUCCCGGAGAUCGACUUCGAGAUGCAGCAGGGCACACAAGGUGGGCCGGGGCGGGGGGCCCUGCAGGGAGGUAAAUCGGUUUUGUUGAUACGUUCGUCUGUGUGUUGUGGUGUGGAUGAAGGCUCGGCCUUCACGACGGUUGAGGGGCUGAUUGGCAAGGUUGGUGAGAGACGCUGGCACUGUGCUGGCUGCAAAUGACAAAGACUCGCCUCGCCAUUCGCUCGUUGUGACUGGUUGAUUCGUUUAUUUACUGCACUCAGAUAGCAGAUCAUCUGCAGGAGAGCAACCCUUUCACAGGUCUGUCUGAGAUGGUGGCUGGCAUCCAUCCUUCCACCCAUCAAUCCCUCUCUGCGUGUGUGUGUGGGUGCAGGUGAUUCGAGCGCGCAGAAUGAGCUGUCCGCCUUUACCCAGACCAUCGAUGACCUCCGGAAGGUCAGUGUGCCACUCAGCCAGCCAGCCAGCUGGCCAGCCAGCCAACUAACUCAGCUGACACACACACACACACACACACACGACAAUGUGUUUGUUCUGUGUGUGUGUCCCUUUGUGGUGUGUCCCUCCCUAUCAGCUGUGCAGCGACCCGUCUUGCCUGCCUUUCACCCUGGUCCUCGACGAUGCCGCUGACCACAGGUGCGGUACACUACUUACACCGACAAACCAACACCUUCCCAUUCCCACCCACCGGCCUCUCUGUCUGUCUGUCUGUCUGUUAGCUUCAUUGGGCGGCGCCACCCAGAGAGGCCGCAGGAGGACGACCCGGGUCUGACGAGCGAGGUGAGAGAGCAAAGCAUGGGGUGUGGCGUGCCCUUCCUUCAGUCAGACAGAAAGGAUUGUGCUGUGUGUGUGUCGCGACAUGGGGGAUGGAUGGAUCGGCAGGCGUACGAUCGCACAGAGGCGCAGAACGACGAGCUGGGUUUGCUGCAGAUGAAGACGGAGGGGUAUGAGCAUGAGCAGCCGCCAUGAGCCGUUCGUGUCGUGUCCUUGGCUGGGUGGGGGGAGGCCUGAAUGAAUGAACCAAUCAAGUGCGUGUGGUGGAUGUACAGCGAGAGGGUCGUCAAAAGACUGUGGGUGGGACUGACUGGGGGAAUGAACGGUUCACGGAGGCAGGGAGUGAUUGUAUAGGAUAGGCAGACAGACAGACAGCUGAGAAGAGCUGAGCUGACGAAGGAUUCCUCCGAUCGCAUUAAGCGGCUGUGCGUGGUGUGGUGGUGGGUGAAUCGUGUGUGGUUUCGUGUC